CCCCCAAGUUGUAGGAUGGUGAUUGGGCGAGUGGAACAUGGCGGAGAAAAGCCAGGCGAAGCGCUUACGGGAGGUACACGUGGGAUCCAGGGGGUGGAAGGAAGAGGCUGCUGUGCAUUAGGUUCAGCUUGGGCAUUUACUCGGGGGAAGGGAGAAGACAGAAAAAUGGACUGGCGUAAAUGGAAGCAGGAAAAGAAGGAGGAGAAGAAGAAAUGGAAGGAGCUGAAGCUGUUGAGGAAACUGGAUAAGAAGAUGAUGCAGGAAGCGGCAGAGAAACAGAAAGAGGAGGCAAAGCCCAUUGAAGAUAAAGGACGCAACUACACAGUCAGCGUUGCCCUUCCGGGCUCCAUUCUCAGCAAUGCCCAGUCGGCAGAGUUGCGGACUUACCUUGCCGGGCAGAUCGCCAGGGCCUGCGUCAUCUUCUGCGUGGACGAGAUUGUGGUGUUUGAUGAGCAAGGGGAGGAUUCAAAGACAGUGGAAGGUGAAUUUGAAGGGAUCAAGAAGAGAGGUCAGGCCUGUGUGCAGCUGGCCCGGAUUCUGCAGUACCUGGAAUGUCCCCAAUACCUUAGGAAGUCUUUUUUCCCCAAACACCAGGACCUCCAGUUUGCAGGGCUCUUAAACCCCUUAGACAGCCCCCACCACGUGCGGAUAAGUGAGGAAUCGGAGUAUCGGGAAGGAGUGGUUUUGUCACGGCCCACCAAGCCUGGCCGGGGAUCCUUUGUGAACUGUGGAAUGCAAAAGGAGGUACAGAUCGAUAAGCAGCUGGAGGCAGGCCUUCGUGUUACAGUGCGUCUCAACCCACAGCAAAAUCCAGAGAGCAAAACACAGAAGGGGGUGGUCGUUUCAUCGCACCAGCCCCGAACUGCUUCAGGGCUCUACUGGGGCUACAGCGUCCGCUUGGCAUCCUGUCUGAGUGCUGUGUUUGCUGAGUCCCCGUAUAAAGAAGGCUACGAUCUCUCCAUUGGAACCUCUGAGCGAGGGGACACUGUGGACCAGGCAACUCUGCCUUCUUUCAGACAUGCUUUGAUAGUUUUCGGAGGCUUGCAAGGCCUGGAGGCAAGCGUGGACAUGGACCUGGACCUGGAGGUCACAGAUCCAAGCACCUUGUUUGACUUUUAUUUGAACACCUGUCCGGGGCAGGGCAGCCGCACCAUCAGGACCGAGGAAGCAAUUCUCAUCUCUCUGUCGGCGCUGAGACCUCGGAUCGAAGAAGCAGUGAAGAAAGGCAGCAGCCUCUGAAUAGAAGCAGAAACUCAAGCAUCCAACAUGGGCAGACCAUCAUCAGUCUUUACCUCUCCCAGCUGAGGAUUUGCCCCAGCAAAUUAUUUGUCAAAAUUACAAAUACCUAAAUACAGACGGUCAUUUACCCUCGCUAGAUUCAACGUGCUGCCAUCUGCCUUAUUGCAGGGCAGAUUCGAGGGUAAACCAAACGUGGAACGAGUCUGCCCCUGCGGCUUGAUGGCGGUAGAAACUGUCUCUCAUGCCUUGUUACACUGUCGUUUCUACAGUGAUAUAUGGUCGGUA